CAAGCACACUACGCACCGAAUCGUUCAGUAGCAACGUCGACUCCGGCGCGCAGUCUGGUCGGUCGCGCGUUUACGGGUUUUUUUUUUACACGUCUCGCCGCGCGCGUUCGCCGCAUCGUUGUGUUAUCAGUUGUUAUUACAAUAUUGUUAUCUGCUUGUCAUUAUCUCAGUUUUGUUUUAAUAUUUUCGAAGCCGAACAGAGGUCUGACCGAUGUCAUCGCACACAAUAUCAGCUCUAUAAUAUUAUACGCUCGUUGCAGUCGCACAGAUGACUUGACACGCACAAGUCGUCGCGAUACCCUUUUAACAAUAACAUCAGAACACUAAAAUAUAGACUAUAGACCUCUUGCCGUGCUAGCGCACAAGCAGUUAUACGUAGUAACAACAAACUCAUCGGUUAGGUUACCACCACCUCCACCACCUCCACCAACGCCACCAAUACCACCACUGUGACCGAAAUCAUGCCCGCCGUCAUAUCCAAAUACCUGGACGGACGGAUAAUCCGACGGGACAAUGUUAGCAAGGGCGUGCUGGCUGCGGCCGUGCUGCUGUACGGCUGCAAGAUCGGUUACCCUAUCGUGUUGAAAGUGUGCGGUGGCGGCGGAGGCGGCGCCGACGGUGGCAAGGGCAACAAAGGACCCGACGGCGGGCCGCGGCGGCCGUCGGGCGAGUCCAACGACAACAACAACACCAAAGGGUCCACGGCCAUCGCCGUCGUGGCCGGGGGCGGCAAGAGAUCGUCGGCCGGCAAGAGGACGAGAGCCGCCGGCCCGGGCAUCAACCGCGAGUUCCUGAUCCAGCUCAAGAAGCUGCUCCGGCUCAUGGUGCCCGGCUUCUGGACACCCGAGGUGGGCCUGCUGUCCAUGCACACGGUGGCCCUGAUAUGCCGCACGUUCAUGUCCAUAUUCGUGGCCACCAUGGAGGGCAAGAUGGUCAAGUUCAUCGUCCGCCGGGACGUGCCCAACUUCGGGCUGAUGCUGUUCAAGUGGCUGCUAUGCGCCCUGCCCGCCACGUUCCUCAACUCCAUGAUCCGAUACCUGGAGUGCAAACUCGCCCUGGCUUUCAGGACUCGACUGGUCAACCACGCUUACGGUAUGUACUUCAAGGACCAGACUUACUAUAGGGUGAGCAACAUGGACGGCCGCAUCGAGAAUGCAGACCACCGGCUGACGGACGACAUCACUGCGUUCACGUCGUCCGUGGCGCACUUGUACUCGCACCUGACCAAGCCGCUGUUCGACUGCGCUCUGAUCGCGCUCACCUUGGCCAGGAGCAGCAAGCAGAUGGGCGCCGCCGUUGUUCCAGGACCCUUAUUGGCCAUCGUCGUCAUCAGUAUCACCGGACAGAUCCUGCGAAUGCUGUCGCCGAAAUUCGGUUCCUUAGUCGCCGUGGAGGCAGACAGAAAAGCCUACCUCCGUCACAUCCAUUCCAGGGUCAUCACGAACGCCGAAGAGAUCGCAUUCUACGGUGGUCACAAGGUGGAAAUGAUACAUUUGCAAAACGCCUAUCAGUCGUUGGUCCGACACAUGAACGCGAUAUUCUCGCAAAGACUGUGGUACGUGGUCCUAGAACAGUUCCUCAUGAAAUACGUAUGGAGCGGAACCGGAAUGGUCGUCGUGUCGUUACCGAUCAUAACUAGCUCAAGAAUAGCAGAACUCAACGAUUCUCCUGACGGAGGAGUGAGCGAGCGGACUCAAUACCUGACCACGGCGAGAAAUCUACUGGCUUCCGGGGCCGAUGCCGUCGAGAGAUUAAUGACUUCAUAUAAGGAAAUUGUCGAGCUGGCCGGUUACACGUACAGGGUAGGCGCCAUGCUCGACGUGUUCAACGACGUCAGCAAGUGUAAAUACCGCCGAAACGGUUUGGCCAACGGAAAAGUGCACAAGAUGUUACCGAAAUUGCACUACAACAAGGACGGACAACUCGUGAUCAGAGGCGUCGUGAAAAACAGUCCGGACGGCAGCAUAUCGCUGUACGACGUGCCCAUUGUGACGCCCAACAGCGACGUAGUCGUGUCCAGCCUGACGAUGACAAUGAAGCCCGGCGAACACCUGCUGAUCACCGGCCCCAACGGAUGCGGUAAAUCGUCUCUGUUCAGGGUCCUAAGUGGGCUGUGGCCCGUCUACGCCGGCACGCUAAUCAGACCGCCAAACUGUUGCAUGUUUUACAUACCACAAAGGCCGUACAUGACAAUUGGCAGCCUUAAAGAACAAGUAAUUUACCCAGAUACGCUUUCGGACAUGCUGACCAAAGGCAUUACCGAACAAGACUUGGAGGCGUGCCUGGCCCAAGUUCACCUGUCCCAUCUGGUACAGAGGGAAGGCGGCUGGGACGCGACUGCUGACUGGAAGGACGUCCUGUCCGGUGGCGAGAAACAGAGGAUGGCCUUUGCCAGAAUCUUUUACCACAAACCGUCUUUUGCCCUGUUGGACGAGUGCACCAGUGCUGUGAGCAUAGACGUCGAAAGUGACAUGUACCAGUCGGCCAAGGACUCCGGUAUCACACUGCUCACCAUCACCCACAGGCCGUCCCUAUGGAAAUUCCAUUCCCACGUAUUGCAGUUUGACGGCGAAGGCGGAUGGAAAAUUUCAACACUAGGACAAAAGGAAAAAGAUACUGGUAUAUUAGCGAUCGAACAACCGAAAGAUAAAUUAGUGAACGGAAUUUCUUAGUGUGAAAAUCAAAAACGUUGAAAACAUAUCUUGCCAACCUUUAAAUUUAAACGAAAACCAUGUGAUUAUUAAUUUUACGAUUUAUAAGAUUAAUUAUUUUUUAAAUGUUUGUCUAUACCGAUCUGUGUAGGUAGGUACGUGUUUUUUUUUCUUCAUCGAUUUGUAUAGGUAUGUCUAAACUGGAGAACAGAAUAAUAUGUAUUUAAAUACUAUUAUUAUUAUGUAUAAAAUAUAAAUAAGGAUAAAGUUUUUAUAAUAUUAUAAUGUGUAUUAAUUUUCAUAGAUUUACUGAAUUUCUGAGUGUAUAUGUAAUAUGUAAAUUGUAUAGGUGUGAAUCAAUUAAUAUAAUAUUGUGCAGAUAUUGCAUUAUCAUAAUAUCAUCUAUGUACCUAUAUAAUAUGUAUAUCGUAACUGUAUGUUGUGUUAAAUAUUAUGUUGAAAAAAGACGAAUAAAACUUUGAAUUAUUGUUACGAA